UCUCGACGGAUGAUAGGAGAUAGGAGCGAGUACAACUUCUAAAAGCUCGGCAGCCAAGAACUACUCCUAUUCUCCAAAUCCUCCGCCCUCAAAAUGGAUCCCAACCCCAAAAGCUACCCGCUCCUCUCCUACGUCAUGUCUCGCUUCCCUUCCAUCGGACCAACCUCCAAACUCCUUUCCACACCCCGCUUCGAUCAUGCAUUCGACCUCGAACAACCCCCGCCAAUUCACGAUCCCUCUGCACCUUCCUCCUCCACCAAUCCGCCACAAAUCGCGGACCAAAUGCCCCAACUAUCCCAUCCUAAUGUCCUCGCCUUCAUGACCCAUGCAGUCUCCGACGUGGCUCAAACCCGCUCAAUUCUCCAAACCCUGGGCCCACGACCCGACCACGAGUCCGUUGACAUGGCCCGCUCCAAACUCGCGGAGAUCGAGUCCAGCCUCUCCAAAUCUAUGGAAGAACUGGUCCUGUCUCCUCGACCCAUGGAGUUGGAUCGAGUCGAGUGGCGGGCCCGCUUGGCCGAUGAAGAGCAACAGAUUCGACAACAAGUUGACAAGGAGAAAUCUAUUUACAAAUCGAUUUUGCAAUUGGACGAAAUGCACGAGGCGUACGGGAAGCUUCUGAAGGAAGCGGAGGAGAGGCUGGUUAAGAUUUAUGAGAAGGCGGGAAAAGUGGCGGAAAAUUCGGAGGUAGUUGAGGAGGAUAAUGUCAAUGUGGAUGUUGUUGGGGUGCUGGAGGAAGCGCAAGGGAGAGGUUUGCAAAGAGUGGAUUUGUCUGCAAGGAAGCUCAGGCUUUUGCCCGGAGCCUUUGGCAAGAUUACGGGCCUGCUUUUCCUUAAUCUUUCCAGUAAUCAGCUUGAGGUUAUUCCUGACUCAAUUGCUGGAUUAGAAAAACUUGAGGAGCUUAAUCUUUCAUCAAAUCUUCUGGAAUCACUGCCAGACUCGAUUGGGUUGCUUCAGAACUUGAAAAUCUUGGAUGUCUCUGGGAAUAAACUGAAUGCCUUACCAGACACCAUUUGUCAUUGCAGGUCUUUGAUAGAGUUGGAUGUGAGCUUCAACUCCCUGUCAUACUUGCCAACUAAUCUUGGAAAUGAAUUAGGAAAUCUGCAAGGGCUUUCAAUUCAUUUGAACAAGAUCCGAUCCUUGCCCACUUCUAUUGGUGAGAUGACUUCUUUGCGUUUUCUGGAUGCUCACUUCAAUGAACUUUCUGGUCUUCCAGAUGAAAUUGGAAGAUUGACAAAUCUUGAGAUCCUCAAUCUGAGCAGUAAUUUCAGUGAUUUGAGGGAACUUCCUGACACUCUUGGUGAAUUGACCAACCUUAAAGAGCUUGAUCUCAGUAACAACCAAAUUCAAGCUCUUCCUGAUACAUUUGGUCGGCUUGAAAAACUGACCAAACUCAAAUUGCAACAAAAUCCUCUUGUCAUUCCACCUUUGGAAAUAGUAAACCUAGGGGUUGAUGCUGUCAAGACAUUCAUGGCUAAGAGGUGGCUGGACAUACUUGUUGAGAAAGAAAGAAAGUGCAUGCUAGAAGUAAAUGAACAGGCACAGACUGGGUGGUUAACACGCAGUGCCUCUUGGUUGAAGAACUACGUUUCAGUUGUCGGUGAGAGUGUGUCAGGUUACCUGGGAGCUGCUGGAGGAUCUCCUAGGGACCCUUAUCUUGAUGAGCAGCGAUAAUUUCAUAGUCCAAAUUACUUCCAGUUUGCUGCCAACUUCAAUUAUUGAUGGUUUUUUUUUUUUUUUUUUUCAUUUUCCCUUAAGCUUCAAUUCCAUCUUUAGGGUGGAAAAGCUAACAAAUUUUGUUCUUGUUCUGAUUCUCGAAUGUGAGUUUUGGAGGAAAAUAAUGUGGGAAGAACCGUGCUAUUUUGUUUUUCAUUUUAUCACAGCUUUAAUGGCCCUGGUGAU